CCUGGCCGGGAGGGAAGGAGGCGCCAGCGCUUCCCGGAGCCGGCGAUGGAGCGGCCACCGCAGCAGCCCCGACGCGCCGCGCGCUAGCGGCUCCCAGGCCCUGCCUCGUCUCGGGAGCCCGGUCAAAGCCCCACCAUGAGGCUCCCCCUGAUCUGGGCAGUGCUGCUCUUCCAAGCUGGGAGCCUUGCCCGGGGCUGCCCGGCCGACUGCCAGUGCAACCAGCCCCAGACCGUCUUCUGCAUCGCCCGGAGCAGCCCUGCCAUCCCGCAGGGGCUGCCACCAGACACGGCCCACCUGUACAUGUUUGAGAGCGGCCUCCGGACGCUGAGCAAGGACAGCUUUGCCGGGCUGCCCUCUCUGCGGCUCCUGGACCUCUCCCAGAACCUCCUCUCUCGCCUGCCACGCAACGUCUUCCAGCCACUGCCGGGACUCCACAAUCUCGACCUGUCCUCCAACCAGCUGCAGGAGGUCACCAACGAGAGCUUCCAUGGGCUGCGCCUGCUGGAGCGGCUCUACCUGGACCGCAACCGGCUCCAGAGCAUCCACCCGGCCGCCUUCAACUCCCUGGAAAGCCUCCUGGAACUGAAGCUCCAGGACAACCAGCUGCAGACGGUGCCCCCUCUCAACCUGCCCACCCUCCUGCUGCUGGACAUCAGCCGGAACAAAAUCGCAGCCCUGGAGACGGGCACCUUCCGCGUCCGGAGCCUGGAGUCCCUGAAGAUGGCCGGGCUGGGCCUGGGCAGCCUGGACGAGGAGCUCCUGCAGAGCCUGCGCAACCUGCAUGAACUGGACGUCUCGGACAACCUGCUCGCCAGGGUGCCCGGGGUCCUGAGCCAGCUGCCCGGGCUAACCAGGCUCAGCCUGGCAGGGAACGGCCUGAUCUCGCAGCUGCGGGCAGAGGACUUUCGGCAGCUCCAGCAGCUGCAGGAACUGGACAUCAGCAACCUCAACCUCAACGGGCUCCCCUGGGACUUCUUCGCCUCCUUCCCCAGGCUCCGGGCCGUCACCGCAGCCGAGAACCCCUUCAACUGCGUCUGCCAGAUGAGCUGGGUGGUCAGCUGGGCCCGGCUCAGCAAAGCCUCGCUCCGGAGGCCGGAAGAGACCCGCUGCCACUUCCCCCCCAAAAACGCAGGCCGCUUGCUUCAGCAGCUGGAGUACGCAGACUUUGGCUGCCCCAGCACCACCAGCAGCACCAGCACCGUACCAGCAACCAGCCCCAAGCUCCCCAGCCCCCUUCCCAGCAGCAGGCCCCUCCGCCCAGAGGCCGGCACCGCCCAGCCCACCACCAGGCGUGGCGGCCUCACGACCAUGGCCUCGCCCGCCCCAGAAGGACAGCCAAGCCCGGAGGCCCGGCUCUGCCCACCGCACGCCUGCCAUAACGGCGGCCUAUGCCAGCCAGGCCCCAACCGCCACCCGGAGUGCCUCUGCCCCCUGGGCUUCACCGGACUGUACUGCGAGGUGGCCGGGGGGCAGGCGACCUCUCCGCCAGAGCCCACCCAGGCCACGCAGGUAGCCGUCAGGCACGUGGGGAGCACUUCGGUCAAAGUGGACCUGCAGAACUACAUCCGCGCCAAGCCCCAGCUGAAGGGCAUCCGCCUGACCUACUGGAACCUCUCGGGGCCAGACAAGCGGCCCAUCACCCUCAGCCUGCCAGCUGCCUUGCCCGAAUACACCGUGCGGGCCCUGAAGCCCAACUCCUCCUAUCACAUCUGCAUCGGGGCCCUGGGUGACAAGGCCCCACAGGAGGAGAUCUGCGUGGAGGCCCACACGCUGCACCCGACCCACCAGCAGCACGCCCCCGUCACCCGGGGGAAAGGCCCCGACCUGCCCCUGGUGGUGGCGCCUUCCGUGGCGGCUGUGCUGCUCUUGCUGGGGGUGGCGGUCGCCAGCUCCUACUACGCACGACAGCGCAGGCAGCGGAGGAAGGCCCAGGCUGCGCCUGGGACCCGCAGCCCCAGUCCGUUGGAGCUGGAGGGGGAGAAGGGGGAUCUGGUGACCCAGAGUCCCAAGACUGCGGCAUCCCUCAGCCUGGAAUACGAGGUGCCUCUCAUGCACCCCCACUUCACAGGCACUGGCCCCCCUCGGGCCCCGGGCCCUUCCUACUUUUAGGGCCACUGAAGGGUGUGGGCGGCUUCCUUGGUGCCAGUCUGGGCAGUGUCCAGGGAGAGGCCCCCUCCCACAGCACCUGGUCCUCUGCCGAGGGCAGCCCUACAGACCUAGGGGGGGUAGCUGGAAAACCAGCCCCAUGAAGGAGCAGCGCCUUUUCCAUCCAUCGAGGAGGAGGAGGAGGAAGAAGAGGGGCUCAACGCUGAAGCCU